AGCGAAAAUAUCCUCCAACCUUAUCCCCCUCCUCCCCUUUUCCCGCUGCCCUCCUAAAAGCGUCAAUCGGUGGGUGGUGGGAGCUCGAGGUUCGUUAAUGGCGUGCACCUCAAAACCUUUUUUCGUCCUUAGAACCCGAGCUCUUCCUCUUCUUCCUUCCACCUUCAAGCCAAUCAUUCAUUUAAACCGCCCUAACCAGAGGACAGCAGCGCCAUUCACGACUCCCGUGUGGUCUCAACUCAAAACCCCGAAAGAAACCGAUGGAACAACAAAUGGACGUGCACCCAGUAAGAUAAUCCUCAAGAACGCGCCUCCGCCCGCGCCCUCGCUCUCCGAAGCUAACGCCGGAGAUGGAGAAAUUGGGGCCAAUCCGAAGCAAGGCUCUGGAAUUCCGAUUCCUGGGUUCGCGAAGAAGGUGCCGAGAAAGGUGCUGGCUCUCCUGUCCAACCUCCCGUUGGCAAUUGGAGAAAUGUUUUCCAUCGCUGCCCUCAUGGCUGUUGGCACUGUCAUAGAUCAGGGCGAGAAGCCAGAAUUCUAUUUCCAGAAUUUUCCAGAAGAUAGUCCUGUAAUGGGGUUCUUGACCUGGAGAUGGGUAUUAGGCCUUGGUUUCGACCAUGUGUAUUCAUCCCCUCUUUUUCUAGGAAUGCUGGCUCUCCUGGCUGCAUCACUCAUGGCGUGCACCUAUACAACACAAAUUCCUUUGGUCAAAGUUGCACGAAGAUGGUCCUUCAUGAGCUCAGCUGAAGCUAUUCGUAAGCAGGAGUUUUCGGACACUCUACCGAGAGCAUCCAUUCAAGAUUUGGGAGUUAUUCUGAUGAGUGCAGGAUACGAGGUGUUCUUGAAAGGGCCAUCUUUAUAUGCUUUCAAGGGUUUGGCUGGUCGAUUUGCACCCAUAGGUGUCCAUAUUGCAAUGCUGCUUAUUAUGGCAGGAGGGACCCUUAGUGCUGUUGGCAGUUACAGAGGCUCAGUUACUGUUCCUCAAGGACUCAACUUCGUUGUAGGAGAUGUAAUGAACCCAACUGGUUUUCUUUCAAAUCCCACACGAUUUUUUAACACAGAAGUUCACGUGAACAAGUUCUAUAUGGACUAUUAUGACAGUGGUGAGGUUUCACAAUUUUACACUGACCUCUCUCUCUUUGACUUGGCGGGUAAAGAAGUGAUGAGGAAAACAAUCAGUGUGAAUGACCCACUGAGAUUUGGUGGUUUUACAAUCUAUCAGACAGAUUGGGGCUUCUCUGCUUUGCAAGUCUCAAAGAAUAAUGAAGGACCUUUCAAUCUGGCAAUGGCUCCAUUGCAGAUAAAUGGAGAUAAAAAGCUUUAUGGGACAUUUCUGCCUCUAGCAGAUCCGGAGUCCUCUAACGUCAAGGGAAUUUCUAUGCUGGCACGUGAUCUUCAAUCCAUUGUCCUCUAUGAUCAAGAAGGAAAAUUUGCAGGUGUUCGCCGACCUGGCUCAAAGCUUCCAAUUGAUGUAGAUGGUGUCCAGAUCGUUAUUGAAGAUGCUAUUGGCAGUAGCGGCCUUCAAUUAAAGACUGAUCCAGGAGUUCCCGUGGUAUAUGCUGGAUUUGGCGCACUUAUGCUAACAACCUGCAUCAGCUACCUGUCUCAUUCACAGGUAUGGGCGUUGCAGGAUGGAACUACUGUGGUUAUUGGAGGCAAGACAAACCGAGCGAAGAUUGGAUUUCCAGAUGAAAUGAAUCGUCUGCUUGAUAGGGUACCAGAAAUAGUUAAUGAUAUGAAUGAUUCUGUCGCUUGAGUUUGCUUCUGGGCAAUAUGAGACAGGAAAACGCAGAAAGCAAAAAGCAUUUCAUGUUGCCUACAUGAAAAGGUGGCAAUAUUGAGUUGCAGAACAUGUGAGCACGUGAUAGGCCAUGCAGUUGGGCUGAAGGAAAACGCAUGCUGGAGGCGUUGUCCGUGGAUGGUUGAGCUUAGAAGGCAAGUAUCUCCUUUCGUCGCUGGACCAAAGGCGGCAAAGACAUUAACUACAUGCAACUCAGAGGAUAGUAUUGAUCAACUGACAGGGUCGCAGGACAUUCACCCACCUUGUGAUCUCUGAUGUGGUGAUCAUGUCAUCUAGUAUUGUGUAUUAUAAGAUGAUCUUCUCUUGGCAGCACAUACAAUAUUUACAGAUGAAAGAAAACGAUGAACAAGUGGCAGAAACAUCAACCAAAAAUAACACAUCGCGCGCAAGCCUUCAUUGUCAUAAACCUUUUGCUUAUGUCAUCCAUUCAUUUUGGCAACAGUAAUCUUCAAUGUUGUUAUGUUUUUUAUUAUUGGCAAAGCUGAUUAGAGAACAGUAUGUCUACCUUCAGGCAACAUGCAAAGGCAUCCUUCAAGUGGCAUCCAGCAUGUAAUCA